AUGUGCGCCAACACCUCAGCGUCGGUACAUGUGCCCACCGUGUGCGACUUGAUGCGUGAGCAGCCUCGCAGCAUCGGAACGUUCGCCUCUACGGAGCUGGAGGAUGUCUACAAUUACUCAGCGUACAUGUCAGCGCUGGGCCAUGCCACAACGCCUUCCUCCGCCACGCGCAGUCUCGCCGACUUCCUCAACGACAUCUUGUUCUCCUACACCGGAGUGCGGUCGUGGUCAGCCUUUCUGCACAUCCAGCAGGAGGGGGCAGCGCUGCGGCGCCAGCUUGGCGACGGUGCCACCUUUGCGCACGAAGCUGUGCACCCGGUUCUAUCGCCCGUUCUGAAGCAGUGGGCCGAGACACUUCGCGCCCAGCAGGCUGCGCGUGUACGUGCCAUUGGCGCCGACGACUCUCCGCACACUACCAUAGUCGCGAGGGCUGCCGCUCCGCGCGGAGGGACGGCGACAGGUAAGCCGCCCUUCAAAUCUCAGUUGAGUGCCUCGGAUGCUACCGCUGCUGUUACUACCAUGCUGAAUCGCAACGCAGCGAAGCACGACUCUUUUCUGACCGCCAGCGCCCCCGAUGACCUCAAUAGCUCCUCCUCGCUGAUGGAGCGGGAGUUAGUGGUGGCGAACGCAUGUGCGCGUCUCACAGCUGAGGAAGACGGCGUGUUACCUCUGUGGACGGACUUGAAUCCGACGCAGCGCUGUGACCCGCUUGCGCUGCAGUGCUUGCGGACAGCUGUCGGCGCCUACUUCCUUGUGUUACUGCGCCUCGUUGACAUUGCAGAGUCGCUGGCAGAUCACUGGGGGCUUCUCUCGCCCAAGGAGCGGAAGAAACUGCACCGUGCCAUGACCUCCGAAAAGGCCGCGCACGUACCGGCUGACUUUCUUUUCUCCAUUUUCACGGAGCUAAACGCGUCAGAGGGGCGUCUGAGCAACGCUGUUGCGGAUCUCUGCAAGUGCACGCGGCUGGAGGUGGUUAGGCUCAACAGUAACGCAGGACUGACGGAGCUGAACGUACUGCCGCCUCACUGCCGCGUCGUAAUCGUGUGCGGCUGCAGCCUUGAUUGCUUUCUCGAGGCGACGCGUCCGUCACCGCCUUUGCCGCCCUCAGCUACGCCGCCUGCCGUAUACGCGUCGUUGACGACACUGGGGCUCGCCUAUAACCGCCUGCGGCACCUGCACUUUGUACAGCAGCUUCCCUCGUUGCGUGUUUUGAACAUGUCCUUCAACUACGUGAGUGAUUUGGAGGCUGCAGUGCAGGAUGUCGCCGCGCAGGGGUCACUGACGGAAGUGACGCUGCAGGGCAACCCUAUCUCGCUUCUGGACGUUUACCGCACUCUUGUGGUGCGUAGCUGCGUGCACCUCGACAGCCUCGACGGCGUCGCCGUCACAGGGGAGGAGAGAGCCUUGGGCCGCCCGACCCUCGAUGAUGGGGACGCCGCUGCGGAGCACUCGCCGGGGAGGCCUGUGCUCGACAGUUUUCCUGCCAGUGCUGCGACGCUGCCUAGCAUUCGGGGGCGGCAUCGAUUGAGUGUGAGCACCUCGCCGGCCCAGUCUUCGCAGCUGCACAACUCGUUGAGACGAGGCUGCUCGACCCUCGGAGUCCCUCAGCUCUCCACAUUGUAUUCGGUAGUGACCACGGAGGCCUCGCGGCAACCUGUGUCAGAUGAGGUACUGCGAACAACCGUGGCGGCGGAGCUGGGUCUGGUCACGGUGAAAGGUCUGAGCAGUCUCCAGCCCGUCCCACAGUCGUGCGCGGCUGAUAGUUUGCUGCCCUCCUCCGACUUCUUACUUGAGCUAGCAGGUGUAGACAAAUCGGUGCAGGCAUUAGAGUCCAGUGACGGUCGCGCCACGCCUACACAGGUGGGCUCCCUCCUCACGUCACCGCUGAGUUCCUCCAUUUUCUCUCUGCAGGCGAGCGGCAGCCGCAAGGGCCGCCACCACAGUGGGACCGCCGGGGAUAGCGGCGGCAGAUCCGCCUCUACCAACAGCAACUCUGCAGGUGGAAAGCGAGCCUUAACGCCGCUGUAUGAGGUCUCGUCACGAGUGACAGUAGAAGGCUGCUGGGGUGAUUCCAGUGUCUCCCGCAGCGGUGCGCCUCACGGCUACACAGAUUGUGUGCGUGUUGCUGUGGAGGUAUGUCUCGAGUCACCUGUACCCUUAUCCACGCAUCACACGGGUCGGCAUACCGGGGCACCUGGCGCACCACCACUGCGUGUGUCCUCUGCCGCAUUGGGUAAGCAGCGCAGGACUGGUGGAGUCGCGGCUGCCGCCAACGGAGCAACUUCGCCACCACCCAUACUCGACCCUUACAUUCCGGCCCGUGUCGCGGCGGGGGCCGGAGGCGGCGGCGGAGCUACAUGCUUGGUGAGCUUCCCCCUCACGGAGGUCCUCGUCUGCGCUCUGCAGCAGCCGGUAGUGCUGCGCGUCAUCGUGGAGGACACAUUCCGGUACUCAGAGGCUGAGGUUGCCCUGUGUGCACAACUGGACGCGGCUGCGUCGAACGCGGCUCGCGGCGGGCCGGCAAGUCGAAACAGUGCUACUAUGCGGCCUGCACCUGGAGAGCUUCCAUCGCACGCAGCCCUCUCCUCUCUCUCCUCGCCGCAGGAAGCACCACCGUCGGGAACGCCAAGCCACCGCAAUAGCGAAGAUGCCGAGGAGGAGUCAGUGAUGCACCUGCGCUGCGAGCUCGGGGUGAUAACGCUGGACCCUCGAGGCCUCUUUUCGACGGCGGUCGGCGGCGAUUCGGCAACGUCCACGGUGGCGCCUUGCUGUCCCACACCGCUUCCCAGCUGCCGCGUGCUGUAUGUGCACGAUGCUGCGCUCGAAAAAGAUGCACACGCGCUGAAGAGCGUAGAGCGUGAGGUGCAGCAGCGGCAGUGUCGUCUCCGUGAGGCUCUUGCGAGCUACUCGCACAUGCACCGCCAGUACAGAGAAGCAAGCCGUAAAGGCCUGGAAAGUCCUGAGGGGCUCUCUUCGGCCCUGUUAGCAGGAGUCGGUAAGGACAGUGCCGCCACCGGCAUGGCGUUACCGCAGUCCAACAAGCGGCGCGUCUCUGUGGCGGCGACCGCCCCUCCUUCGUCGGUGUCGAUCUUAUCCACGCCGUCGACCAAGAGUCUAGCCCGUUCUCGCCGCACCAGUUCGGCGGCCCCACCUGCCAGCGCAUCACAGUUGCAGGGCCUCUAUGCAGGCCUCAAGGCUCAGCAGUUACUCGUGGCCCAGCGAGCUGUACGUGUGCUGGCGCUGCGGACACGGCUGGCCGAGCUCCACGGCGCGUCUCUCUCUGUCAGCGCUCGGUUUUGCGUCGGACGUGGCGCGACGCCGCCGCCGUCGACCGUCGCCGAUGCCGAGUUAGACGCGUUGCGCCACUGCCAAGAGACACCCGCGGUCCGCAAAUCGCGUCAGCAGGGCACCAAAGGAAGUCGCCGCUAG